AUGAGAUGUGUGAUCCAUAAUGCAGGCUAUCCCUUGAUGGAAUGUAAAGAGUUCAGGUCUAAAACUUGGGAACAACGGCGUGCUCUGUUGAUGAGUAAAGGAGUUUGUUACAAGUGCUUGGCGUCGACAGAACAUAUGUCUCCUAAGUGUCCUUUAGAUGUAACAUGUGAUAAAUGUGGACGCAAAAAUCAUUUGACUCUCAUGCAUCGAGAAGAACCUAUGAAAUAUCAUGGCGGGGAGUCAAAGGGCGAACCGGAGAUACAUGUGGCCGCCAAACGUACUGCGAUACAUGGAAAGGAGUUUAGAGGUCAAUCAUGCGGAAAAACUUUUCUUGUAGAUGUGAUGUCAUCUAGUCGUCCUGCUGAGAAGUUCAGAGUGUAUGCAUUAAUAGAUGACCAGAGUAAUCGUUCACUGGUAACUCCAGAACUUUGUGAGAUGAUGGGAAUACGCGGUGAAACUAUGACGUAUACCCUGUCCUCAUGCUCGGGUCGAACAACAAUGGUUGGACAACGUAUAGAUGGGUUAUCUGUUCAAUCAGUUGGAACAGCAGAAAGACUUGACCUGCCAGAGUUAAUAGAGUGUAACUACAUUCCGCAGGAUUUGAGUGAGGUUGCAACUCCAGAGAUAGCAAGUAACUACCCUCAUCUGAAGGAAGUAGCUCCUAUGCUACACUCGUUAAAUGCAAAUUGUGGAAUUCAUCUCCUGAUUGGACGUGACGUGCCAGAAGCACAUCAUGUGAAGCGUCAGAUUAUUGGACCUAAGCAUCUACCAUUUGCAUUGGAACUUCCCUUAGGUUGGGUGAUUAUUGGAAAAGUGUGCCUCGGCAGGUUUCAUCAACCAGAUGUUGUACAUGCCUAUAAGACGAACGUGGACGUUGAUGGAAGAGGCACUGUGAUGGAUUUGUGCAGGAACAUGUGCACUAUUUUUGAACAUAAGGACAGUAGUAGUCUGAGUUCUGAUAUAUUCCAUAAGACACCUGACGACAAUAAGGUGGGCUUAUCUACGGAUGAUCGUCAGUUUGUGCAGAUUAUGGAAUCAGAAUUAACUAAGGACUCCUCAGGACAGUGGAUGACACCACUACCAUUUAAGGAGCCUAGAGAAGUACUACCUUACAACAGAGCGCAGGCAUAUAAAAGAGCGAAAAUAUUGGAUAAGAGCUUACAACAAAACUCUGUGAAACGGCAACAUAUGGUUGAGUUCAUGGACAAAGUGUUUCGGAAUGGAGCUGCAGAGGUGGCCACAGACAAGGAGAAGUGGAACUUACCUCUCUUCGGUGUUUACCACCCGAGGAAGCCAGGUCAGAUUCGAGGAGUUUUUGACUCGUCCUUGAAAGUCCUUGAAUGA